AUGCUAAUCACUCACAAUGGCGAGAUCGUGUCCAAUGAUGACGACUGUGAGGAGACACCCGAAUUGACCAAAGGCGAUUGCCUGGAUGAAGACUCUGCUGAGGAAGAUUGCUCGCCUACACAAGGGGAAGUAGGGUGCUUGGUAGCACAACGAGUGCUAACUGCCCGAGUUAAGGAAGACGAGCAACUACAACGGGAGAACCUGUUUUACACCCGUUAUAAGGUGGGUGACAAGGUGUGUAGCCUCAUCAUCGACGGUGGGAGUUGCACAAACGUGGCAAGCUUACUCAUGGUUGAGAGCUUAGGGCUCCCAACUACUAGACAUCCACACCCUUAUCGCCUCCAAUGGCUGAGUGAGGAUGGAGAGGUACGUGUCUUCAAACAGGUACGCGUUCCCUUUUCCAUUGGAACUUACACUGAUGAAAUUGUUUGUGAUGUCGUGCCAAUGCAUGCUACCCAUGUCAUCUUGGGGAGACCUUGGCAAUUUGACAAACACGUCACAUUCGACGGAAGGGCCAACAAGUACACACUCUUGCAUGAUGGCAAACGCAAGGUCCUCACACCACUCACACCUGCACAAGUGUAUGAGGACCAACUUAAGUUGCAAAGAGAGUGUGAACAAGACCGUCAAAGAAGGAAACAAAAGGCGGUCGACCCUGGCAAAGGCUCCACUUCUGCAAGUGAGCCAUCGACCAAGGGUCAAGUAAGCACACCUAGUGUUACACAUGACAAAUCACCCACUACACCUACCACUAGGAAGCAAAACAUGAUCAUUAAGGCUAAGGACGUUAGAAAAGUUGUCAAUUCUGAUCAACCUGUGCUUCUCAUGAUUUGCAAGCACGUGCUUUUAGAUGUUGCUGAACUCGAUAAGGCAUUGCCUUCGAUACUCGUCCCUAAAAAGGAUGGUACUUGGCGAAUGUACACUGACUGUAGGGCCGUCAAUGCCAUUACUAUUAAGUAUCGUCAUCCCAUCCCUAGAUUAGAUGAUAUGCUUGAUGAACUCGAUGGUGCUGUCAUAUUCACUAAAAUCGAUCUAAGGAGUGGCUAUCAUCAAAUUAGGAUGAAAGAAGGCGAUGAGUGGAAAAUGGCCUUCAAAACCAAGCAUGUUUACUUUGAUGAUAUUCUGAUCUAUAGUCGCAGUGAACAGGAGCACUUGGAGCAUGUGAGACUAGUUCUUGAGACACUUCGAAAGGCGCGUUUAUACGCUAACCUUAAGAAGUGCACCUUUUGUACUAAUGAACUUGUGUUUCUGGGCUAUGGAGUGAGUUCGCAGGGUAUCAAAGUAGACAAGUCCAAGAUUGAGGCCAUCGAGCAAUGGCCAACGCCCACAUCCGUCCCUAAGGUGCGCAACUUUCUUGGAUUGGCGGGUUUCUAUCGGCGCUUUGUCAAGGAUUUCAGCACCAUUGCCGCCCCAAUGACCGUCGUGACCAAGAAAAAUGACAAGGAGGCACAUAGUGGUGGUCUUAUGGGACACUUUGGCAUGGUUAAGACUCUUGCCAUGUUACAAGAGCAUUUCUACUGGCCUCACAUGCGUUAG